AUCAGGCUCUUUACCUCACCAGUAUCCAUACCUAUUCUCAAGCUGUACGAGCUGAUCUCCGCCCUGACCAAGUUAUUUCGAACUCCUGUCCAUGUCAAUCCAUCACCAUUUUUGUUGAAACUCUUGGGAUCUUUGCCGGGUCUAAUUGACUUCGCCCCCCCUUCAGCUUGGAUGCAACGGCUUGCAUAAGAAGAGCCUCCAACGACCUUCCUUCUGGUGCAAUUACUUUACGUCCCAACCCUCCUUGCGAAAUCCCCACGUUACAACUGCACGUUUGGUCUUCCCCGGGCCCAACGCCCGUCCUUAUCUUUUGGCAGAUCAGCGCGAGAGUUCGAGACUAUUACGUUCGUUACCCAGCCUUUUGUUCUUCCCACGCGGAAUUAACCUCAUCGACCAUAUCCUCGGUGCCAACUGCUCAAAGCACAUUCCCAGGCAAAACGAAAACUUGGUACGAAAGUCGCCCACACGCUCGUUACAUCUCUCACAAUGGCUUCCGGUAUCCCAUACACCCCCAAGCCUGCGACCGACAUCUUUACCCCAUAUCAGACCGAUAUCAAUCGACGAGAAUGCAAGAGAAUAGUGCCCAUGCGAGUUCUCGCACUCGGUCUUGGCCGAACGGGCACUGCGUCGCUGCGAGCCGCCCUCAAAGAGUUGGGCUACACGGACACAUACCACAUGAUGUCUGCGAGCGUUGAGAACCCGCCGGACUGCCUCUGCUGGAUGGAUGCCUUUGCGGCCAAGUACGAGGGCAAGGGCAAGUUCGGUCGUGAAGAGUGGGACGCCCUGUUCGGUCACUGCCAGGCCGUAUGCGACUGGCCUGCGGUCGCCUUCGCCAAAGAAUUGAUCGAGGCCUACCCCGAGGCCAAGAUCAUCAUCACAACUCGAGACGUCGACUCGUGGCACGCUUCCGUCAUGAAGACGGUCAACUGGCGCGCGAACGACCCCGAGCUCAAGGCCGUCGCCAACUUCGACUGGGCCGCUGGACUAUACCACCCCAUGCUACGCAAAUUCUGGAAGUACUUCUUCAACGACGACUUCGAACAGUCAGGCAAAGAACGGUUCCACGACUACUACAAGGAGAUCCGCGAACUAGUGCCUCCUGGAAAGUUGCUCGAGUACCGCGUCAGCUCUGGCUGGAGGCCUCUGUGCGAGUAUCUCGGCGAGCCGAUCCCCGACAAGCCAUUCCCCCGGUCCAACGACGCAGACGGCUUCGUCCAACGAUGUCGAACUCAGAACCGCAAGCAGAUGAUGAAUGUCAUCUUCCGCGCUUUGGUCGUUGGAGUACCAGUGGUCGCAACGGCGCUGUCUGCUACGUUUGCCUACACCCACCACCUCCCCAAAGUGGCCCAGAACACUUCCCUGUUCACUGCAGCCUCCUGAUGAGAAGUCAAAGGAGGUGCAGCCGAGACAAUUUUUCUUUAUACUAUCUUUACUAGGGAUGAUCUGUAUAUAGCUAGGCGUUUGGAUUGAUUAUGAUUUUUGGUGUAUACGGAGGUGGACUCCAUCCAUCAAAGUUGUCACGACACGAGUGAUGUACAGAUUGCACACACCUCUCAUUGUCAAUCGCAUUAAUAUUGGCGGGGACGGGAUCUUCUCGAACAAAAAGGGUGAAGGGUUGGGAGUCGCUUCUGGGUCAUGGUACUCGGUACAGUUCUUUGAACAUACGCCAUACAAGAUAAUGCGAUAAGGCAGAAGUAUGGGUAGUGAGUACAUAGGUAGCCGCAGUAUAAAGAAGUCAGGCUUCUUGACCCAAACACAGGAAUCGGACAGAGUCUCAC